AGUGUUCUUCUGGAAACUGGGCGUGUCUACCUCUUAGUUGAGGAGAAAUCCGUAAGUAGAUCUUUAACUCGGGGAAAGCAAUGGAAGAUUCUUCUGGUUAUGAAGAUGUCUAUGUUUCGAUUCCUCGUGGUGGUCCACUAUUCGUAUCAGACAUGGUUGGUCCACUCACCAGUGUUUCUAAGUUCCGGUCAUGUGUCGAGGAUGAACUAAAGGAUCUUAGAAAGGAAACAUGCCUGGGAUUGGUUGAACAACAUCAUGAAAUUUCGGUUGAUGAACUCAAAGUUCUCAGUGAGGAGGAGUUGGUUGAUAUGGCGUUCCAAGCAUCACUCGAGGGUGGUAACAUGAGAAGAGAUACGUCAUCAUUAUCAAAAGAGUGCUCGAAUGGGACUACAAAUGCCAGCAAAAUCACUGAUGCCAGUCUCACAUACUCAAAAUCAGGACUAGAUGAGGAUUAUGUGCCUUCAAAUGAAUUUCGCAAGGGAUCCAAGAGAACCAUUAAUAAGGGGAAGAUGAAUGGAGACUCAUCUAAGAAGAGCAGAAGAGCGAUUAAGAAGGAUAUAACCCAUGAAGAAGAUUAUAUGAUAGAGGUGGAGAAAGUUGCUAUGAUCAAAGAGAAACAAGAAGAAGAUAAAUCAGCUGCAAGAUUACAUUCUUUUAGUGGUGCUUCUGGCCCCGUUUCAUGCGUGACUCUCUCAGAGAAGAAAGAGCGCCUGUCAUCAUCUAAAUUUACAAGCUAUUCUACCCAGCAGGUAAAGUCAUCAAAUACUCGUGAACACAUACCACUACAUGGUAGUGAGAUUCUUCUUUGUGUAGAGGUUUAUUAUAUUAACCGACGAGCAACAUGGGUUAAGACUCAAGAAAUUGUUGUUCUUGGACAACAAUUAUUAACUGAACUGAGAGAUAAAAUAUAUUGUUUAACAGACCAAAUCAUGAAGUUGGCCACAAAGGAUGAUCCGUCUGGAUAUUUCCUCAUAGAAGAUGUAUUUUACAAUGAUUCAAGGAAUGCCCGUGCUGCAGACUACAGUAAACCCAUUCGUGAUUGGCUUAGAGAAUCCAAGGAGACUGCACUUGAAAAGUGGGAAUCCAUUGUAUCUGGUGAACUGCAGCACAAGCAAAAGAAAUUUCUAGGUAGCGGACGUGGACCAAAAUUGCCUCAUUUUAAAGAUCGUCCAAUGCAGGGAACCCAUUUUUGUGACUUAAAUUUCCGAGUUGGAGCAGGGUAUUUGUACUGUCAUCAGGGAGAUUGUAAGCAUGUAUUGGUGAUUCGAGACAUGAGAUUAAUUCAUCCGGAGGAUGUACAAAAUCGAGCUGCUUAUCCAUUGAUUAUGUUCCAGUCAAAAUUGCGUUUCCAAAAGUGCUCGUGCUGUAAGAUUUUUAGAGCAAGAAAAGUGACUGUGGAUGACAAGUGGGCACCAGAGAAUCCUUGCUAUUUCUGCGGCAUUUGCUAUUUCAUGCUUCAUUAUUCAGAUAAUAAACUCGUAUAUGAUGACUUCCAGGUCUUUGAUUAUAUUCAUGAUUAGUUUCAAGACAAGCUACCAGAGGAGGAUUCAUCUGACCAUCUGGUUUUGCCUCCCAAAAUAUGACCACGUUAGGGCUUUCGAAUUUUGGGCCAUGUUUGUU